CCGAUUUCCUAAUAUAUUAAAAGAUUUAUUUACUAUUUUUACAUUUAUAAGGUAUACAAAACAAAACAACCUUUUCUUCCUUUCUUGUGUCUAUUUUUUUUUUUUUUUUUUUUUGCAGCCUAAGCUUUGGUUUGCAGGUAAUCUAUGAUCGUUGGCAUGCUAUAGUAGGCCAUGGCCACAUUCGAGAUGUAUCGAAAGUCUUCCAUUGGCGCGUGCUUGAUAGAUGCCUUAGAUGAGAUGGUUCUUAGUGGAACUUUGAGCCCAGAGGUAGCUUAUAAAGUACUAGUGCAAUUUGAUAAGUCUAUGAAAGAUGCCUUGGAGACCCGAGUGAAGAGAAUGGUUUCUAUGAAGGGUCAUCUGCAUACCUACAGGUUUUGUGACCAUGUCUGGACGUUCAACUUGCAAGAUGCAGUUUUCAAAAUUGGCAAAACCGAGGAACAGAUCGGAAGGGUGAAGAUUGUAGCUUGUGACUCCAAAUUGCUACCAUAG